UUAAAGCACCACUGUGGAAUCGUCGAUAAGAAGUUUACGGAAGCACGUGUAAAAACAAAAUAAUGCCACAUGGAAUCGAAUAUUUAGUUAAUAAUUGUUAAAAUUUUCAAAAUGACAGCUUCAGUUCAGUCAGUGAUCAACAACCCAGAGAAUGUUGCAAAUUCGGGAGAUUUGGAAAUGAACUGGGCAAUGAAAGCAUAUGAACAUGCUGAGACAUAUUUUAAUAUUAUAUGUUCUGUGGACCCAACGCUGCUGAAAUUAACACAAAACGAUGAUGCUAUUUAUAGCAAGUUCAAAAAAGAUUUCCGAUGUUUCAAACUUGAUGUCUUGGAUGAAGAACAGCUAAAAUCUGCUGGUGCCAAAGUGGCCUGGCGUGAGUUUUGCGAGCACUUUAAAGAUGAAGUGGAAAGCCAUAACUUUGGUACACUUAUUCGGUUGAACUGCAAGGAAGGCUACUCUGACAAGAAUUCAAUAUUUGGAUAUCGUGUUCAGUUCUUGGCAAUAGAGAUUGCACGCAAUCGAGAAGGACUAAAUAGUGAUUUGCGGUUUACACAAAAAUCUAACACAAGAGAGCAUACAGCAGAUACUUAACCUUUAUUAUAAAAAACAAUUCUUAGCUUACACCAUAUCCAAACUUGUUAUCUCUUCCCGAUGCAUAACCUCAAUUAUGAAUUGUGCUUAAGCCUUGUAUGCUUCACAACAGCAUGCUUUGAUAAGUAUAUUAAAUACUUACUGUAUACUAUCGUAAAGGUCCUGGAGAAAAGUACUUAGUUCAUUUCCACAACUUUAUAUAUAUGCCAGUUCCAAAAUUUAGAGUUGGAAGUCUAGGUAUACUGAUGUUAGGACAACUCUGCAAUUUGACAUGUUUCUGUUAAAAUGUGAUCUGUGCACAUGAAACAGAAUCUUUGUAUGAUAAAUCAUGUUGUUGUUUUUCUCAAAAUGAAGUAAAUGGAUAUAUCACAUUUUGGAAAUGAACUCUUCACUUAUUCAACCUUGUUCUAAGAAUCCAUCAGAAAUGUUAAAAAUUCAUUGCUGUUAAGUUUGUUAUGGCAGUUGGUAAUCUUUAACAACGUCAACAACUGAUUUUUAAAGCUGUUAACAAAUACUGCCUUAAAUAACUUUAAUUAAAAUACAAAUUCUGGAAGCUGGGAGUGUUCAGCAAGUUCAUUCUUGCAGGCUUGAAAUCCUGGGAGUGUGGAAUUCAAACAGACUUCAUAAAAUAAAAUAUGAAAACAACACUGGUACAUGAUGUCAUCAAGAUAGUUAUUUCAACAUAAUUUGUUACAAUGACAAACAUGAUGAAAAUAUUUGUAAAAAGAAGUUACCAUAAUCUCUGUUGGACAGGGGGAAACUGGAUGGAAUUGAGGAUUUUCCUUAUUUUAACCGAGACAUUAGAAACUUACCAAUGCGAGGUCCACAAGAUGCGAGUGAAUAAACUGUUUAGCUAUUUUCAGCAGUCGAUAUUAUGUGGUGCUUUAAAAGUUGCUGGGUAAUUUGAAGUGUUUUCUCAAGUAGAAAAUGGAAUAAAUCUUUUCUUAUGUCAA